GCCCGUCAGAGGCAGAGCCCGCCAUCAUCAGCACUCUGUUCUGCACUUCUGCUCCGCGCCCUAACUCGCCGCCUCUCCCUUCCCUCCUCCCCUAGCUCCGCUCCUCCUCGCCGGCGGCGACUCCUCCCCCAUCUCCCUGGUCCGGCGGCCGAUGGUGAGCAUGAAGACGAAGGGGCAGGAGGACGAGGCGCCCGAGGAGCGCGUGCCGCACCUGCCGUGGAUGCGGCACCCCGUCGACAUCGACUCCUUCUCCGGCUGCCCCGUCACGAGCCUCCCCCGCCUCGACCCCAGAUUGGCAGAAGUGUUGCAGCGGAUGGGAAUCGAAUCUUUUUUCCCGGUUCAGGUUUCGACAUGGCUGGAAACAAUUGGUCCUGGUGCUUUUCAGAGGGAUAUCUGUAUCAACUCCCCAACUGGGUCCGGCAAAACUCUUGCAUAUGCCUUGCCUAUUGUGCAAAUGCUCUCCACUCGGAAAGUAAGGUGCUUGCGUGCUUUGGUUGUGCUACCUACACGGGAUUUAGCACUGCAGGUUAAAGAGGUUUUUGAUGCUAUUGCUCCUGUGGUGGGCUUGACAGUAGCAUCAGCAGUUGGUCAAUCGUCCAUCGCGGAUGAAAUCUCAGAUCUGAUCAAGAAGUCCAAACAAGAGCUUUACCCAUCUCUUGAUGAUGAAUAUGUCGAAAUGGAACCACAGACUAAAGUUGAUAUAUUGGUGGCAACUCCUGGAAGAUUGAUGGAUCAUAUCAACAUGACAAAAGGUUUUAGUCUGGAGCAUCUUCAAUACCUGGUUGUUGAUGAGACAGACAGGAUGUUAAGAGAGGCAUAUCAGUCCUGGUUGCCAACAGUUAUCCAGUUUACUCGCCCAACAAAUCAAAAUCAUUUCCGGCAUGACACUCCUGGACGAACUCUACUGCAUCCAUUGACUACCAUCAGAAGAUCGGGUGUCGAGCGUGGGUUUAAAGGUAAAUGCUAUCCAAGACUCGCAAAGAUAGUCUGCUCUGCUACACUGACCCAAGAUCCCAGCAAACUUUCUCAACUUGAGCUGCAUCAUCCUUUGCUGUUGAAUAGUGGGAAGAAGCGUUACCGAAUUCCUACAAAGCUGGAGUCCUACAAGCUGAUCUGUACAUCAAACAUAAAACCACUGUGUCUCAUUGUUCUUCUCCAAGAGCUGCGUGGGGAGAAGUGCUUGGUUUUUACCAAAUCUGUAGAUGAUAGUCACAGACUAAGCACUUUACUGGGAUUUUUCGAAGACUUACCCUUUAAGUUUAGUGAAUUCUCAAGUUUGCAGCGUGAAUCUACUCGAAGGAAGACGUUGGCAGCCUUCAAGGAAGGGAAAAUAGAUGUUCUCAUUGGCUCAGAUAUAAUGGCUCGAGGAAUACAUAUCGAUGGUUUGAGAUAUGUUAUCAACUAUGAGAUGCCGCAGUAUGUGAAAACAUACAUCCACCGAGCAGGCCGAACUGCCAGGGCAGGCGAAUCUGGUUCUUGCUUCACGUUUUUAAGGAAAAAUGAGGUUAAAAGAUUUGACAAGAUGCUGAAGAAGGCAGAUGGUUCUAGCUGCAUCCUUCGCUCGCUGCCCGAGGAAUCAAUAGAUAGCCUUCGCCCAGUUUUUGAGACCGCUCUGGAGAAACUGAAAGAUAAAUUGAAAGGGUCUGCAGAACCAGAAGCAUCGAAGAAAUCCAACAAGUCGGGAGAUAAAGCGCCGGGAGCUUUGAAAAGAAAGAGGGGCAAGCAAACAUGAAGUAUCUCUGAAUUGUUCAGUCGGUGUUCUGAAUUGUUUUCUGUAAACGUCUUAAAUCCCCGUCUGGUACAUAUAUUUGGGGAACUCUACUAUCCGAAGACGUCACGUGUUUUUUCCCCUGUUUGCUUUUCUAUAUGUAGCAUCUCUGUUACCCCUACUGAUCGACACAGCGCGAUUUGACGAUGGAUCGUGUGGUUUAGUGGGUUUGGCAGAUUUAGUCUGAACAUUUGUGGGUAAACCUGAAAAUUAUAGGUGCAUGUGACAGUAA